CUAUAGAGUUAGAUAAUUUUGAACAUUGAAAAGAACUACCAUAAAUGUUAUGCACUGUCAAAAUAUGUCCAUUAACUACCAAAGAGUGCACAAUACUAUAAUAGAAAUUAGAAAACACUGAGAUUCAUUGUGUUAACAUAUGGAAGUGUAAUUUUAUUAACUCAUGCUCAAAUAAUUCAUAAAUUAUGGUUUACCUAUAAUUUAUAUAAUUCUCUGAUGCUGGUUUUUUAUUUGCUAUUGCCCCUACACAACAUAAAAAACAUUAAUCUUUUCAAUAAACUUAUAACUUAAUGCUACAUUAUAGGUAUGAAUGUACAGUAAAACCUCAUUUAUCCUGAUCUCAUUAGUCCGGAAUUUGCUUAAUCCAGACAGUUAUUUAAAACUCAUAAAUUUUAUGCCGUAGAUGAAACUAAACAUAAAAACGAAUUCUAUAAAUUGUCCAUGAAUGCAGGUUAUUGUGAUUACUUAUUUAUCAAUACCAAUUGUCAUUAACGUUAUCUAAUUGUUAUCCAUACGUAUUUGAUUCAACUCCAUACUUCGGCUGUUUUAUACAUACCAUUGUGAUGUCGUUAAGUAAAGCUAAUCAAGGUAAAAAGCGUAAACAUAUAUCUCUUUCUCUUAAUGAUAAACUAUGUGUAAUAGAAAAACUCGAAAAGGGAGCUUCUGUGUUAAGUAUUUGUGCUCAAUAUGGUAUUGCCAAACAAACCGUCUCGGAUAUAAGAAAGAAAAAAGAUGAUAUAAGAAACUUUGUUCUAAAAUUUAAUAUGGAAAAAGAAACAAGUGCUGUAAAAAGAAUGCGGUUGCCACUAGAUCAAUCCCUUGAUGAUGCAGUUUACAAAUGGAUUUGUCAACUUCGUUCUUCUGGAUUAGCAAUCCGUGGAGUUGAAAUUCAGGCUGCAGCUGAUAGAUUAGCUAAACAGUUGAACAUAAAUAACUUUAAAGCCAGUUCUGGGUGGCUGUUUAGGUUUAGAAGGCGUCACAAUAUAACAAAUAAAAAUAUAUGUGGUAAAAGUCUCAGUACUGACAAUGAAACUAUUGAGACAUUCAGGAAAAAACUGAGUGACAUUUUAAAAACCGAAAACAUACUGCCUUCGCAACUGUAUAAUUAUGGUGAGACAGCGUUAUAUUGGAGAGCAUUACCAGAUAGUACCCAAGUGUCCAAAGCUCAUACAAGCACACCUGGUUGGAAGAUCAGUAAAGAUCGAGUUUCUGUACUGCUGUGCGCUAAUGCUGAUGGAAAUCAUAUGUUAAAACCUGUGAUUGUAGGAAUAAAUAAAAAACCACAUGCUAUAAAAAAUAUUAUGGACAAGUUACCAGUUCACUACUACAACUCUAAAAAUGCACGGUUCACUUCAGACAUUACAAUAGAUUGGUUUCACAAAAAAGCAGUGCCAGAAAUUAAAAGAUAUCAAACAGAAAUUUUGAAAAUUCCUGACAAUAAAGUGAAGGCCUUAGUUCUACUGGAUAAUUGCCCAGCACAUCCACAAGUUGAACAGCUUACUAGUGAUGAUAAAAAGAUCACAUGCAUGUUUUUGCCAGCAAACACAACCUCUCCGAUUCAGCCUAUGAAUCAAGGUGUCAUCUACACAGCCAAGCGUCUAUACAAAAAGAAGUUUUUAAAUGAAAUUUUGGAAGUUGAUGAACCAGGUGCAGGAGAAGAGGAUAAAAGAGGUUAUAAAACGUUACAGAAUCUCAAAGAUCACAAUAUCAAAUCCAUGAUUUACAAUUUUGCAUCUGCUGUCAAAGAUAUAAAACCUUUAACUUUGAUUAACUCAUGGAAAAAACUUUUAAUAAAUGAAGAGGUUGAACCAGAUAUGGCUGACUUGGAAACGGAGGAUUUUCACAAAAUCUUCCUCCGAGGAGGUGAAAAAUCAGUUACACUGGAAGACAUUGAGUUUUGGCUAGAAGCAGAUGAAUAUGAUCUGGAUAAUCAUAUUUUAACAGCAGAAGAGAUUGUUGAAAAUAUGACCACUGCAGAAAGCUCUGAAACAGAUGAAUGUGAUCAAGAUGAAGCAGAAAAUAAUAUCAAACCUAAGCAAAAACUUGGUGAAAUUAAAGAUCAUCUAAACAUUGUCAUUAAAUAUGUUGAAGAUAACGACGAUGAAAACAUAUCUGCGUAUUAUGAGCAUCUAAGGCAUCUUCGAGAGUUAAUCAUUAAAGAUUGUGAAAGGAAGAAAACCAAAGAUUAGCAGUCUUUUCAAAGCACUGCUGAUAAUAUAACAGUCUCAGUAGAUUUUAGUGAAGUUAAUUUUCAUUCAGUAAUUGGAGUUACAUUAGUAUUAGGAUUUACACUAAUGUUGCUAGUAGAUCAACUGUCAUCAAAAUAUACAAAAG